ACGUGGGUCCCACACGAGAACACAACGCCUCCCCAAUCCUUCUCCUGUCUCCUUCCUCCGCUGGCUUAGCGGAUCUCGUCGUCCGCCCUCCGACCUCCCCUCGCCAGUAACCUUCUUCCCGCUUCCAACCUCCCGAUCCCCGUCAGCCUGCCGUGAUCGUGAACCCUAGGUCGGUCGCAUGAGGAUGGGCGAGUAACAGCUAGGGCUUCUCAAAGCUGACAUUUUUCGUCGUCUAGGGUUUCCCUCCCGCCACCAUGGUGCACAUCGCCGAGAUCGCCGAAGGCGCCGCCGAGCCCUCCAAGGAGGAUAAUAAAGAUGCCACAGAGCCGCUCGCGGCUGCUGCAGAUACCGCCGUCGAAGAAGACACUUCUCCUCACGAGUUGGAACAGCUGCCGCUCCCUUCGCAGUUCCAGGAGCCUGCCUCCCUGUCCGAGCAGCAGCAACCUCCACCGCUCCCACUUCUGGUUUCUUCGCAUGAGACUCCCUUGGCGCUAGCUGAGAUCGCUCAUUCUCCGGUACCAGAGCCAGAGCCGGAUCCGAAGCCGGGCACAGCAACAGUGCCUCCAUCCUCCUCUGCCCUCGUGGAUGAUUCUCAGAUCGUGGCUCCAGCCCCUGCCCCUCCCGCCCCUGUCAAGGCCCCCUACAACGAGUACGCCCUCCGCGUUGCCUACAUCAUGCGCAGCUACCUCCACAUGCGCCCAGGCGGGGCUACGGCCAACGCCACAUCUAUCGCCUCCAACGGGGAGUCAUGCUGCAGGGCAAUGAUGGAAGUGACUCGAAAGGACAAUGGGCGGUGGGGUGUAUCAAAAGUCGAGCUUGAGCACACCCAUCAGCUAGACCCGCCACCGGACCUUGCAGGCGCUCUGGCUUCUGGUGGUUUGGUUCCAGUGUUAGGCAUGGAGUUCGACUCCAUUUCAGCAGCUAAACAGUACUAUAGUGCUUACAGCGAGAAGAUGGGUUUCCAGUCCAAGACAGGUUCGGGGAAGAGGUCGAGGGGGACAAGACUCUUGCACAUGCAAAGGUUCCUGUGCUCCAAAGGGCACUUCUCCACUUACAGCAAUGCUGCCGAGAGCGCCACAAGGAAGAGGAAGCGCAUUCCUAAUAAAAAGGCAGCUGAAAAGGAAGUAAAAGAAGUCAAGACAGAUUGUGAUGCAUUGGGGGUGAUUCAGGUCGAAAGCUCAAUGAAGAAAGAUGGCGUGACUCUUGAGGAUCAGAGAAGGGAAAUACACACAGAGAAGGCUUCUUCUGGUUCUGGAAACGAUAAAAGGAAAGUGAAUGACGGUGGGAAGGUUGGUAAGGUGGCACUGGUAUCCAAUCCAGGACAGUCCCGGCUGUUGAGAGAGCUUGGUAUAAGAGUAUCACGCUACAGUAAUGAGGAAAGAAGGAAUAUAAUACUUAAAUACAUGCAGAAAAGGAGUGGUAGACAAGCAGUCGAUAGAUCCCUCAAGAUUCCCUCUCGGCAAGCUUUGGCUGAAAGGAGGCAACGUGGUGUUGGAGGGAAGUUUCUUAGUAGAGAAGAGACACAGACCAUGAGCAGACAGGAAGAAAUAUUGGAUGAUGAACCAGAAUUACCAGCAGAAGUAGUUGCAAAUGCUGGAGGAGUUCCAAUUGUCGGUAUGCUGUUUGAAAAUGAGGACAAGGCAUAUGACUAUUACAUCAAGUAUGCAGGAAGUGUAGGUUUUAGUGUCCGCAAAGGCUGGUGGGAUAAAUCUGCUAGAAAUGUUACUAGAUCACGGGUUUAUGUAUGUUCUAGGGAAGGUUUUCGACCAAAAAAUGAAGCAAGGAGACCACGAGCAGAAACAAGAACUGGCUGUCCUGCUCGUAUGGCAAUCAAACUGACAUCCAGUGGUAAAUACCGCAUAACUGAAUUUGUUGCAGAGCAUAAUCAUCAGCUUGCUGCACCCUUAGACAUGCAGAUGUUGAGCUCAAAAAAGCUGUUAACUAAUGUUCAACCUGCAGCACGUCAGAAUGCUAGUAUUAUUCCUGUUGGAUAUAAAAAUUAUCUCCGAACUAAACGUUCUAAGGUGGUGCAGUUGGGUGAUGCAGGAGCCUUGUUUGAAUACUUUCAGAGGAUGAAAGGUGAUAAUCCAUCAUUUUACUAUGCUAUCCAGGUUGAUGAAUAUGAUCAAAUGACUAAUGUCUUCUGGGCAGAUGCAAAGUCCAUGAUGGAUUAUCACUAUUUUGGUGAUGUUGUAUGUUUUGAUACAUCUUAUAAAGAAAAUGAAUAUGGCAGGCCAUUAGCUUUAUUUUUAGGUGUUAAUCAUCACAGGCAUAUGGUUAUUUUUGCUGCAGCAUUUCUAUAUGAUGAAAGUGUAGAAUCUUUUAAAUGGUUGUUUGAGACUUUUAAGGCAGCAAUGUGCCAGAAGCAACCACAUACAAUUUUCACUGAUCGAUGCUUAGCUAUUAGUGAUGCAAUAGCUGCUACAUGGCCAGGUACAGUUCAACGUUUAUGUGUUUGGCAAAUAUACCAAAACGCCACAAAGCAACUUGCAGAUCUCUUUGAAAGCUCAGAGAACUUUGCUCAUGAUUUUGGACAAUGUAUAUAUCAUGAUUUUGAGGAUGAAGAUGAGUUUAAUUUGGCAUGGAAAUUGAUGUUAGAUAAGUACAAUCUUAAGGACAAUGAGUGGUUGACUAAACUGUAUGAAGAAAAGGAAAAUUGGUCCUCACCAUAUGGCCGGCAAACAUUCACUGCAGAUAUAAAAAGCACGUUAAGAGCGGAAACCUUGGGUGGUUAUCUAAAAGAGCAUCUGAAUUUGGAAAAUGAUCUAAGAAGUUUUCUGAACAUAUAUGAGUUACUGUUAGAGCGGCGAAGAUAUAAUGAGUUGCAGGCUGAUUAUAAUGCAAAUCAGGGUCACUCAAGAAUACCUCCUUUAAGAUUACUCUGGCAAGCUGCAAAUGCAUACACACCUGCCAUAUAUGAUAACUUCAGAAGAGAAGUUGAAUUGUUCCUUGAGUCUAUGGUGUACUGCUCUGGUGAAGCUGGAAUCCUAUCUCAUUACGAGGUCACAGUUAAAGAGAAAAGUAAAGUGCACUGUGUCAGAUUCGAUGCAUCCAAUAGUUCUGUUAUAUGCAGUUGUGGUAAGUUCGAAGUUGUUGGGAUUCCAUGUUGUCAUGUGUUAAAGGUAUUUGACUUCAGAAAUAUUAAAGAGCUUCCAUCACAAUACAUUUUGAAGCGGUGGAGAAAAGAUGCCAUGGCUGAGAAUUUAAAUGAGAAUCAUGGCAUCACCUUAGACAGCGACGCUAAGUCAUCUGUAUCAAAGCGUUAUAGCUCUCUUUGCCGCACAUUGUUCAAACUUGCUGCAAGAGCUACUGAAAAUGAGGAAGCUUUCACAUUGAUGGUCAGCCAUUCAGAUCAACUUCUCGACCAAGUUGAGCAAAUCUUGCAGGCGAAACUUCUUGAGAAACCAUCUAUCAGUGGCACAUCAAAGGGUCAUCCUAAUAAUCUGAUUGACAGUGGAAAUUCAAGUCAUGGCACUGGUAAUGAUCCUCAAAAGCCUAGUGGAAAGAAAAAGAGCAAUGGAGGUACACGUCAAAGACAUCAAAAUGAAGUUGAGUUAAAUAAAAGGCAAAAGGCAAGAAAAGGUCAAACUGAUGAUGCAGAAAUGUCAACAAGAGAUAAUGAAGCACAUGCACCACCAAGCAAUGUCUCUCAACCAAGGAAUCCUGCAAAUCAGUUUCUCGUGUCUAAUCAAUUUAUGCAGGGCCCUUUUAUGACCUCUCACCAAUUUGGCGUUGGUGCCAUGCAAGGAUAUCAUCCAGUGAACCAAUUUGGUCAGGAUUCCUCAGCACCAACUCUAUCUCAACAGCCAUUCCCUAACAGUUCGCACUUUACUCAGGGUUUUCCAACUCCAGACCUGCAAGCCCUACAGUUCAUUGGGAACAAUGCUCAACUGGACCAUCAAAGUAGUGACCAAGGACAAUGUGCUAUUCCAGUUUGGGAUUUUCUGUGAACUAUAUUGGUUGUGUUGCUCAAUGAUAGUAUUAGCAGUAAAAUUAGAUCUUUGUGUGAUGCCAGUGUCAAUCAUUAUUGUGCUGAGACAACUCCGAGCAACUUUUCUGUCUAAUGUUGUAAAUGUGGUACUGAUUGCCUGAUUCUCUUUUUUCUGCUCCCAAUUUCAUGUCCAUUAAUAAAGUGUAA